CUCGACUCCGCUGAUAUUGGCAACAGAGGCUCAAACUUGACUCGAGCAUUUUACGUCCCAUAUAAGUUCGAAACUCUUAUCGUUACUAGAGUCGCUUCUUAUCUGUAGGCAUUGAGAAUGACUUGAAAUCAUGAAAAUGAAAGAUGACGAGGCCAAGAGAGUGGCUACGAGCGACGAAGAUAAAAUGAAUCGACAGAAUGGUGAAGUUGUGCCAGCUUGUAGCACUAUGGACGACGUCCCUUCGCUGUCGCACGCGGCUCAAGUCAACGCGAAUGGCAAAAGCCGAAGCAAACCUAGCCGUAAACGACUUAGCACUAGUUCCCCCGAAGAAGAUAUCAUAGAUGGAUUUGCAAUAUCGUCCUUUACGUCUCUGGAGGCUUUGGAGUCUAAAGGGCAAAGCAAACCAGGGAUUAUAAGCGAUGGCAGGCCCAGCAACAGUGGGAAAUACAACCUUGAAAAUGGCCUGAGCAACAAGAAACGCAGGGCUGAGAAGCGCCGUGCCAGAAUGCAAGAAUCAAAACUAAAGGACUCAGAUUCAGAAGAUAAUGAAGAAUCUCGAAAAACAGAUGGAAAAGAAAGGCAAAAGGAGAAGAAAUCAGCCAAAAUUGAUGGGAAUCAUUCAGAUUCAGGAGGAUCUGUUGAUGGUGGCUAUAUAUGUGAUGGGGAGAGUGAAGAUGAGAGGGUGUCUGAUACUGAAGGACCAACUUCUAAAAAGGCCACCCACCAAGUAACAUCACUGUUUAAUGUGAAAGAAAUUCUCAGUUCCAAUGAAACCGCGACGACUGAUCUGAAAGAUGGCGAUUCACGCCCAGUAUCAAAGCCCUCCGACUGGCCGAGUUCUGCUGCAAGUGUAAUUCCAAGACUAGGMUCCCAAGCUUCCGUUACUAGUUCCUCGAGCUUACCACGGCCACUCUCMUCAACGUCAACCAUUACGUCACACUCAAUGGCGUCAUCGUUUGGACAUACUCAUCCUUCAACGUUAUUUCCACAUUUCCCAUCAUUCCAUUCGCCGUCUGGGCCCUUACCGUAUCCUCAUGGUCCUGGCGAUGCGUCAUUCCCCUAUCCAAGGCAAUUCAGAGGGAAAGAAAAUGUUGCCCCGUAUGUUAUUGGAUCAGGUCAAGACCUUUUAAGACAAGAACUCAACACACACUUUCUACGCACACACUCAGAUCGAUCACACUACAAUCUUCACUAUGAGAAUCAUCAACACCUACACAACCACCAACAUCAACACCAGCAUCAACACCAACACUUCCACUCGCCUCCAGCGAUUCCUGUGGUACCAGCCAGUCCAUUACUAGUUCCUGGUACACCUGCAAUGUCUCAUCACGGCGUUCCUCCMUCGCCGCAUUCAAGCGGAGCAGCCUCAACCAUUCCACCUCUCAUUCACAGGAAGCAUGGAAGGUGGUGCGCGUCACAUGUCCAAAUUGCAUGGCAAAUCUACUAUCAUCAACAAAAAGUCCAAGCGGAAUUACACAACGAUCCCCACGUCAAGCCUGAGCAAAUUCCCGUAAGUCGUGCGGGGAAUGCGUUAUCGCUGCACUCGAGGCAAGGUAUUCAUGAUGUAGGUUACCGCUCACCACAUAAUCACGGCGGUCAAGAUACAGUCAGCCCCAUCGCCGUACAACCACACAUAGGAGAAUCCUCUAGGCAGAGAGUUGGCGCGUUUCUUAGUUACGCUCCAGUCGUCCCAACUCCUACCAAUUCCGACAUGCGAGCCGUUUCUCCAUAUGCUAGACAAAUGGCGCACGGUCGUUCCAAUGGCAUCAUAGGUCUGGGAAGUAGUCCAGGUUUACCCGGAAGUAGCAGUUAUCGUAGUGCAGCUGGAAGUAAUUCUUUAUCAAGCUCAGUUUAUGGGUCUUACAGUGGACUGGGAGGCAUAAGCCGUGAGUGGGAACGUCUCCAUGGAAACAGUUCGUCGUUGUCAUGGCUGAAUCAGGGCGUAUUUGAGAGAAACAGAGAAAAAGACCGGGAAAGAGAAAGGGAACGGGAAAGAGAACGAGAACGAGAGAGAGAACGGGAUAGGGAAAGAGACAGAGAACGCGAUAGAGAGAAAAGCAGAGAUCGAGAAGGUGACGUAGAAAAGCAAAGAGAAAAAGACAGAGAACCAAACACUUCGCGUCUUGAUUUAGACAGCGAAAAGACAAAAGAAUCUGAUAAAUCAGUCGAAAGAAGUCGUUCACCAUCAAGACCUCAUCGCCCGACAAGUUUCCACAUUGCGAGUCUUACGGGUGAAAACAAAGUGGACGCAUCGCCUGUCGCUGAAUCGCGACUACCUCCCGAGCGACCGACAUUUCCCGGUUCGCGUGAUCGACGAGAGGAGGAUAAGAGGAGUCCCGUUGAAGAACGCGACUUAGUAAUGUUAAACGACAGACGAGGGACAUCGCCAGGUCCUCAUUUACAUAGCGGUUCAGCCGCAGCUCCUAAAGUGGAUAAAAGACUAUAUGAAACAGAACGACCCCUCGAGCCGUUUGAUCUCAGUCGUUACGGACGACCACCUUUAAGUAGAGGGCCAUGUCUGUCAUUCCCUCUUCCACAACCACCAAUGUUUCCCCCAAGCUCUUCAUUCCCAUACCUUCACGGCUCAGCUAUGGCUGCGGUUACUCACCCUCAUUUCUUACCCCAUGGGACACGAGGCAUGAUGGCGCCUCAUUUUGGUCCAUUGGGCCCAAGAAGCCGAAGUCCUUUGGAYGGACCGGAAGCCAUUCACACUGAAAAUCGUCCAUAAGAAUCAUGGAAAUGUUUGUACAGAUAAAUUAAAUAUAUGCACCAUGAUCAAAUAUAUUAUUACGACCAUUGUCUGACAUUUUUCAUGGAGUUUCACUUGCUGCCAUAAUUACUUAUCUACGAAGGUUCAAAAUCUUUCGGUCCCAGUACUCCAUCUGGUCAAUUUGAAGGCUUGGCGACUUAGGGUUAUUCCUAAUCAAUCCAGAAUUAAUUUAUGAGUUGCACGUGGUUUUUUGACACUACUAUUCAAUUAUUUUUUUCGAAUAUUUGAUUGAUGUGCUUCAGUUUACGCUGCUUUACGCUAUGGUCAUUUAGAAAAGAAAUCAAAGUAUAUUAUUGAAAAGAAAAACAAUGAUUCAUGAUUUGGAUCUCAAUCUACGAUUUCUUGUGAAGAAAUUGGUACCGUUUAUAUUAUUGCAGUCCACGUUCUAUGAUUUAUUAUCUUAUUGGUUAUAUAUUAUGCCAUGACCGAGGUCUUCAAUGGUUAUUGUAUAUGGAGUAUAAAAGGUGCCUUACAUGUCAUUGGUGAAGUGAAUCUAAUGGAAUKCAUUGGUGCGUGUGUUCAUAUAAUGUAUCAACUGAACUUGUGUUGGGCACACAGGGUUACCAUUCCUCUCCUAUAUAUUGGAAUAUACCUCUGAAAUCAGGAGUUACUCAACAAAAUAAAUUCUCACGAAUCGCUUUGAUCAACAAUUUGAUUGUUUAGUUUCCGCCAAUCUUUUGCGCAUGCUAUGUAGAUGAAAAACACUUCGCAGAUGCGCGUUGCAUUUUUGAUAAUUUGACAUAGACGACAUGAAUAUUUGUAAGUAUACAUAUCCAUUAUAGUUCGACGAAAACUGUGAAUUUAUUCGUACAUAUACGAAAAUCAAUUAAUAAAUUAUUGAUGUUCCACAUGAUUAGAAAAA